AUGGCAGCGAAACAAGUACUGGAAGAUAGUGUGUGCUGCACGAUUGGGACAGGAGCUGAUACCAGUGUAUGGGAUGACGUCUGGAUCCCGGAGGAAGUAGCAAGGCCAGCACGUCGAGCUCAACUGGAAGUAGAUAAAGACCUGAAAGUCCAUCAUUUAAUUGAUCCUGACUCAAAAGAAUGGAAACCGGAGCUUCUCGAAGAGUUCAUACAUACUGAUGAUAUCCAACGUAACCUUGAGAUAAAGAUUAGUAAAUCUGGAAGAAAAGACGGCUACUGCUGGAAGCACUCAAAAUCAGGGCAUUACACGGUGAGAACUGGAUACGAUAUCGCAGUGAAACAACGAAGGAAGAAUCACUUCGCGCCGAUGACGGAACCAAGCAUCACACCACUGAAACAAAAGCAAGUUACGACUGCAAAUCCACAAGGGGAUGCUCAGAUAUUCCCAUGGCUGAUGUGGUAUGUGUGGAAAGCAAGGAAUGAGAAGUGUUUCAAUGCGAAAGACAUCUCGCCCCUGGAUACGAUUCAAUUAGCAAGACAUGAAGCAGAGACGUGGAGGAUUGCGCAAAUAGGAGAUAAACUGUAUGAGACAUCUGAUGAGGAACAAACAGAGCAUCAGAGUAGAGCCCGAGAUACGCUUGUCGCGGAGAAGAGAUUUAGGUGCCUCGUCGACGUCUCCUGGUCGGACAAGGACGACUGGAUGGGUAUGGGAUUCGUACUUACAGAAGGGGAGGUUGUGAUAUUGCAGGGACAAAAAUGUGCCCCUCGUACACAAGCACCGAUAAAUGCCGAAGCUAGUGGCCUUAUUUUGGCAAUGCAAGAAACCCGUGACAGAGGCUUUGAUGGGGUUAACUUUGGCUCGGAUUGUUAG